AUACGCGGAAAUAGUAGUACAGGAUCUUUGUACGUACGUACAUCUGGCGUAAUAUUGUGGAUGUGCAAUCAUGGGGUCUCGAACGUCGAGUUUACUUCAGGCGGAGGAGAUAGAGCAAAUUCAGAAAGAAACAGGGUUUUCGAAAAGACAAAUUGUACGACUGUACAGUCGCUUCACAAGCUUGGACAAAAGUGACAAUGGAUGCUUGAGUCGAGAAGAUUUGCUAAGAAUUCCGGAGCUUGCGAUCAACCCGCUAGGGGACCGCAUCAUUCACGCCUUCUUCAUGGACAACCCAGAGAGCAAGAUCAACUUCCGGCAGUUCAUGAGCACGCUGUCGCUCUUCAGGCCCAUCAAGAGCCAUGACAAGGACAUCGAGAACCCUUGCAACAGUAGGGACAACAAACUAAAAUUUGCCUUCCGCAUGUAUGACCUGGACAACAGCGGCAUGGUGACGCGGGAAGAACUGCUGGUCAUCCUGCAGAUGAUGGUGGGAUCCAACAUAACCGAGGAGCAGCUCGGAUCCAUCGCAGACCGGACAAUAGCUGAGGCAGAUGAGGACAACAGCGGUGCCAUCUCCUAUGAAAACUUUGUCAAGGCUCUCCAGAGGGCCGAUGUGGAGCAGAUGAUGAGCAUCCGUUUCCUGAAUUAAAGAUCUCUUAUGGACGUGGGCGGAGACACGUUAGGAUAGAUUAGGGGUGGGAGGUACGUGACUUCCUUGUAGGAGUCCAGUUUCGGAUUCCCUAAAUCAACCACCUUUUCUUAAGUUUUUGAGGUCAUAUACCAACCCUCCCCUUUAUUUGGGUACUCCCAUCAAACGCUGUUUGCUUCAUUCUCUUAUGCAAUAUCAUGUAGAUGUACAUGUACAUAUACAUGUACAGCGAGUGUUGCAUAGUUUUUUAAUCAUGGAAUUGGAUUACAUGUAUAUUUUCCUUCAGCUAUCAUAGUUUUAGUUAUAAUAAUUUCCCACUCCAACUGAUAGGUUGAAAAACUAGAUGUUGGUGUAUUUUUUUUAAAACAUAUAAUUGUUUAUAAUUUAUAAAGUUAUAAUAGUUUAUGCGGUACCCUCUGCUAUGUACAUCAGAUUCGAACCAGC